UCUCGUCAGCUGAUCGGAGCAGCACCAGGAGGCGGUGGUGGGAGAGAGAGAGGAAGAGGGCCGAGCCUCGCCUCUUGGCGGUCGCUGGGGGCCGGAGCCGAGGAGGUGCUGCUGCUGUUGCGGAGGCGGCUUGGAAGAGCUGUCCGGGAAGGCUGGGCGUGGCGCCUGCCGGAGCAGCCAUGGCUUCCAUUCUGGACCAGUACGUCGACUCGCUUUCGCACUCGGCUUCCUCGCAGCAGAACCGCGCCAGCCUGGGCAUCCCGCACACGGGGUAUGUGAAUGCUCGCCUAGAAAAAGAGACCCCAAUUUUUAACAAACAGAGGAUUGAUUUCAACCCCCCUGAAAAGAUUAAUAGCCUGGUUGUCUCUUCAAACCAGCUGUGUAUGAGUCUUGGAAAAGACAUUAUUUUUAGGCUUGACCUGGCCAAGGCAGAUGAGCCUAACCAGGUAGAGCUUGGGCGAAAGGAUGAAGCCAGAGUUCACAAGCUCUUUUUGGACCACACAGGUUCUCACCUUAUCAUUGCCCUGAACACCAGUGAGUGCCUCUAUCUGAACCGAAGUGCUCAGAAGGUGCGGAUCCUGUCACGCUGGAAAGGUCAUUUGAUUGAAAGUGUGGGCUGGAACAAGUUCCUUGGCUCAGAGAUGAACACGGGCCCCAUUUUGGUGGGAACAUCCCAAGGCCAGAUAUACGAGGCUGAGGUCUCGGUCAGUGAAGGCAGUCUCUUCGGCACUAACCCUGACCAGUAUUUUCGCCAGAUCUAUAACCUAGAAGAGGAGGCAGGACCUGCCCCAGUCUGCUGCCUCGAGAUAGAACGAGGAAUUGAUGGGAAGUGCUUUAUCAUUGCCACUACUCGCAAGAGGCUUUUCCAGUUUGUUGGCAAGAUUCCAGAGGGAUCUGAACAGCAAGCCUUUGGAGCAAUAUUUAGCAUGCCUGCAGAUCACCUGCCUGGCUUCCGUGAGUUUCCAGCUAGCCUUGGCUACAGCGAAAUUGCAUUUUAUACUCCUAAGCUUCGCUCCACCCCCAGUGCUUUUGCUUGGAUGAUGGGCAACGGUGUCCUGUACGGAUCGCUGGACUAUGGACGUCCCGACUCUAUUCUUAGCGAUGAGCAGGUCUGGGAAUAUCCAUCUGACGUAGACGCAGUAGCCAACAAGCCCAUGAAUAUAGUGCUCACGCAGUUUCAUUUUCUGCUGCUGUUUCCUGACAGAGUGAAGGCUGUGUGUACCCUGAAUGGGCAAGUUGUCUUCCAGGAUGUGUUCUUGGAAAAGUUUGGCUCGUUGAAGCGUAUGAUCAAAGACCCCGCAUUUGGGCAAAUCUGGAUCCACACAGAAAAGGCCGUGUUUCGAUACAAUGUGCAGCGAGAGUCCCGUGACGUGUGGAAGAUGUAUACGAACAUCAACAAGUUUGAUCUGGCUAAAGAGUACUGCAAGGACCGCCCCGAGUGCUUGGAUAUCGUGCUGGCCAAGGAAGCCGAAUAUUGCUUCCAGAACAAGAGAUACCUGGACAGUGCAAAGUGUUAUGCAUUGACUCAAAAUUACUUUGAGGAGAUUGCUCUUAAAUUUAUCGAAGCCAAGCAGGAAGAGGCGCUGAUGGAAUUUCUGAUUAAAAAACUGGCUAGCUUGAAGCCUUCUGAAAAGACUCAGACAACCCUGCUGACCACAUGGCUGACGGAGCUGUAUUUAAACCGCCUAGGAGUCCUGGAAGCAGACGGAUCAAAACGGGACCUCUACGAAAAGACCCGGGACAAAUUCCGCAGCUUCUUGGGCAGCCCCAAAAACAAAGACUGCCUGUUCAACAACCGAGCAACCAUUCACGAGCUGCUGGCGAGCCAUGGGGACACGGAGCACAUGGUGUACUUUGCCGUCAUAAUGCACGACUACGAGCGGGUGAUAGCCCAUUACUGCCAGCAUGAGAAUUACAACGAAGCACUGGAAGUCCUGUCCAAAAUCAGGGACGACGUGCUCUUCUACAAGUUUUCUCCAGUCUUGAUCCAGCACAUCCCCAAGAAGCUGGUGGAUGCUUGGAUCGAAAUGGGGAAGAAACUGGAUGCCAAGAACCUCAUCCCCGCCCUUGUCAAUUACAGCCAGAGUGGGAGCACUGAGCAGAUCAACGAAGCCAUUCGAUACAUGGAGUUCUGUGUGAGCGAACUGAAGGAAACUCAGCAGGCCAUUCAUAAUUAUCUCUUGUCGCUCUAUGCUCUGUGUCGCCCUGACUCGCUGUUGUCGUAUCUGGAACGCGCUGGAACCUACGCUGACAACAUCCACUAUGACCUGAAGUACGCACUUCGGCUCUGUGCAGAACACAGCCACCACCGGGCUUGUGUCCAUGUGUACAAAGUUAUGGAGAUGUAUGAGGAAGCUGUGGAUCUCGCUUUGCAGGUGGAUGUAGAUAUGGCAAAGUCCUGUGCAGACCUCCCUGAAGAUGAUGAGGAGCUGAGGAAGAAGCUUUGGCUGAAGAUUGCGCGACAUGUCGUCCAGGAAGAGAAGGAUGUCAAGAAGGCCAUGGCCUGCCUUUCCAGCUGCAACCUGCUGAAGAUUGAAGAUGUCCUGCCCUUCUUUCCAGACUUUGUCACCAUCGAUCACUUCAAGGAAGCCAUCUGCAACUCUCUAGAGGCCUACAACAAGCACAUAGAGGAACUGAAGACGGAGAUGGAGGAAGCCACACAGAGUGCCAAAAGGAUCCGGGAAGAUAUUCAGGAAAUGAGGAACAAAUACGGCUCCGUGGAACCCCAGGAGAAAUGUGCGGCAUGUGACUUCCCGCUCCUGAACCGCCCUUUCUACCUCUUCCUCUGUGGGCACAUGUUCCACUACGAUUGCCUUCUGCAGGCAGUUUAUCCAAACCUGCCUGCCUAUAAGCAGGCUAAACUGGAAGACCUUCAAAAGAAGCUCUCGGCCACAAGCCAGCCCUCCAAAUCCCACCACCGGCCUAAGGACACCGAUACUUCUAGCCAAGGAAAGGGACAGUUAAGCCGUGAGCAGAUGAAAGCUGACAUUGAUGAUAUUGUGGCAGCUGAAUGUGUGUAUUGUGGAGAGCUGAUGAUCCGGUCCAUUGACAAGCCUUUCAUUGAUCCACAGAGGUAUGAAGAGGAGAUGCAGAGCUGGCUGUAAGGACGACAUGUUCCUGCCUGCACUAGAGCAUGAAACUGCCUGCAGAGAGAGCAUGAGGCUUGGCAGCUAACCACCAGGCACCUUAGGCAUGUGAGCUCGAUGGGGAUUUGAAAAAGUAUUAUGCGAGUCUCACAAUCUGUAAGUUAGUGGGGCAAAGUGGGGUGUCGGUAAUGGUCAUUGCUAAUAAGGCAAUUAUAUUGACGCUCUACAAACAGCUGCCUACACAAGGCUUCUUCAGAGACAUCCUUAAUAUGAAUUCUAAAUGGAUGUUUUUCUGGUUAAGAGGUAACCAAACAUUACCGCUUGUGUUACCAUAUCUGGAUUACGCCCAUAUUUCUAUAAAGAAUUGAUACACUUGUAUUGUUUUCAAAUGUGGAGCAUCUCCUGCUGUUUUUCUUGGUCGUGAGACUGAGAUCGCGUUCUGUGUCAGAAACAUAAAAGGAGAAAUUGUGCAUGAAGUCCUGUUGUAUUAAUAUGGCAGGCAUAGGCAAAGUCGACUCUCCAGAUGUUUUGGGACUACAACUCUUAUCAUCCCUAGCUAACAGGACCAGUGGUCAGGGAUGAUGGGAAUUGUAGUCCUAAAACACCUGGAGGGCCAAGUUUGCCUAUGCCUGUAAUAUGGCAUAAAAGCUUCACUUUUAGGCAAAGCAAUUCCAUGUAAAAUGCUUCGUUUUUAUUUUUCUCUUUUGAGGUUGUGUUCUUUUUUCCUAGUUUUCUGAAAGCUUAUGUCAGGUAGCUGCAAAUUGUUAACAUUCUGUAAGAUUUCUUCAUUUUGCUCACAAUACGCAGGAAAAAAAAUAUGGCACUCUGACUUGAUAGCAUAUGUGCAGAUCUAAUAUGUUCCAUGUUAGCUUUGUUGCCUUUUUAUUUUUUACAAUCUCUCAUUUGAAUGUUCACACCGCCCCUAAUUAGAGCAGCCCCUGGUCAUUCCUGGUCUUUACAGCUGUACACUAUUAACUGCAGAUUUUUGUGGGCUGAUAAUAAAACAUAGAAUUGGAAACUCGCAUGUCGCCAACAGCAAAUCCAUCCUGAAGCUGGAGCAGGACAAUUCAGGAUUCACAUCCUUAAAUGACCAUAGAAAAAUGGUGUGGUUGGAACAAUGGUUGGAUGUAGUUGCAGAGCUGAAAGGUAUCUUUCCUCCCUCCCUCUUUAAAGGCAAUAAUGAUGUGGAAUAGACUUUAGGUCACAAGGAAAGCCAGCUAAGGGACUCAAAGUUUAAAUCAUGUCAAAGGUACUAUGUAACUAGAACUACAUUUCCUCUUGGUUCUAGUCCCCCCUUUUUUACAUUCUUUCUUAUUCUGUAAAAUGUGGCAAAAUAGAACUACAUUUGCGAUACAAGGUUUCUAGUUCCUUAUGAUUUUUCAUGAAAAUAUCCCUGCUUCUUUAUAAAAGCAACCCACAGAACCAUCGGAAUGUCUGACGCAAUUAUUUUGUGGCGUUAUCAUAAUCAUUUUUAGACCGCCCUACUUUAAGAAACCAUUCAGCACAUAACAAGGGUGAAAAUUUAAAGUCUUGUAUGACCUACAAAACAAAAGGGAUUAUAUAGUGACAGAAGUCAAGAGUUAACCACCACUCAUUCUUUCCAGGUACCAUACAAACUGUGACAAUCACAAAACAAUGAUUUCGUUUCUUUUCCCAUUGGUUUAAGAUACAGGUAACUGAAAUGAAGAUGUUCCAUAAUUAAAUUCCUGCUAAGAAAACCUGCAUUUAUAAAAGAGUUGAGAAAAAUAUUCCUCCCUCUCCAAUACAGUAUGGAGGUAUGGAUACCAAAUGAUGGAAAUGAAGGGGGUUAAAUUUGUUACUGAGAAUUUGGCUUGUCGUCAGACACUUCAGCACCUUCUUCUUUAGCAUCUUCUUGCUUAGAUUCAUCUUUUUCCUUCACUCCUUUCUUCCCUUUGGCUACCUUCCAGUCCUCUCUCGUAUCAUUUGCUCCUCUUUCUUUCUUAGUUGCUUCCUUUGGGGGCUUUGACUCUGGUUUAGGUGGGUGGGGGCAGGUUUAGCAAAUAACCUAGCCGAUCGUCUCAGUGGCGCCUCCAUUUCCUCACCUGCAGUUGCAGCCUUUCUUUUGGGCAGAGUUAAACCUGAAUAGACGCAACCAGACAGCAUGAAUGGGAAGCACAGGAUGGGUCUAGACUGUGACUGAUCCACUCGCUCUUAGUUCUGGUUAUGAAUUACCAUUAAUAACGAGCCAGGUUAUGUCUGAACUAGAGGGUUUCUAUGGUGAAGCUGCUUCUAAGGAUGUGCCUCAGUUGUUAUUUUUUAAUUGCACAUUAAAAUUUUCUGAAAUGG